AUCGACAACGCCGUGCGACGGCGCGGCCGACACCAAAAGGACGAUGGCCGACUCCGACGGCGAAAUGUACGACUCAUCGUCGCCGCGAAGCUCGCAUUAUGACGACUGGACAAAGGAACCACUUGUCGGGGAGAAGAUGACUGUGUACUUGCUGCACUGGGACAAGGCAACGCAGAAGGAACCCGACAUCUUCGACACGACGCUUAUGAAACCCAAGGACCCCACAACUAUCUUCCGUUGCGAGCCAGAUUGCGUGAUUCAUUACCACAGUACAACUUUGACUCGAGCACAGUUUGAGCGUGAGUACGGCAUGCCGCCGCGGUCUCGCGGCGACGAAAUCUUGCGGCUGCGUCAAGCUAUGCUUGAAAAGUACUUGACUGAAGUCGAGAUGGACCGCAAGAAGCGGCGUGCACUCAACCAAAACGACCUGGACGAGGACCACAACGCAAGCGCCGUCGUGCCCGCGGCGCGGUGUAUACCUGAGAUGAGCCCGCUCGAUCGCCUCAAAUACGUGACGUCCUUGUGGCCGAGCAACAUGCCCAACUUUCCUGACGCCGACGACAGCCUUCGGUACUACGGCUUUCAAGUGGGCAUUUACAUCGACGCGAACGACGAAAAGGCAGUAAAGGACAAGAACUCCACCACGUGUGGCGACAGCGCUAGCCCCGCUGACUCGAGCGACAAGAACGGCGCCGCUGACACCUCCCAAAACGACAGCGACAGUAGCAAGAGAGACGAAUUGGCAGCUGAAGCGCAGCAUUCGCCCAACCUUCCACCUGCCUUGCCUGUCAAGGAAGAGAAUUGGGUGCAAUGCGACAAGUGCCAAAAGUGGCGAAAACUCCCAGACUCGGUGGACGUAUCCGCGCUCCCAACAACUUGGUACUGCCGCAUGAACAAGUGGAGCCGCAAAUACAACAAAUGCUCGGCCAUCGAAGAAACGACUGCGGCGCCUUCCGUCGCGCUCCUCGAGUCGGACCUGCAAUUGAUCCGCGAGCGCAAGUUUGUACAUCAAUUCGGCCAGCGGCUCAAACGCAUGGAGAAGGCGCUGGCCGAACUCAAGUACAUUGACAUGAAGGAGGACUCGGGCACGCGGAAGUAUGUCGUGUGCGAGGAGUGCGGGAAGAAGCGACCGUUGUUGGGCGGCAUGGACCCGGAAAGAGUCCCCAAGCCAUUUGUGUGCUGGAUGAACCGGUGGGACGAGAUUCAUGCGAGCUGCUCGGCGCCGCAAGGCAUUCUCUUUGACAGAGUCACGGCCGAGUCGAUGACAUGCACGGCAUCAACUGGUUCGACCAUGGCGGCACCGGCGGCUGGACCGGAUAAAAAACAGUCGAAGCAAGGUAAAAAGCAAGGGGCCAAGCACGCCAACCGCGCCAAAGCAAAGAAGAAGGCGGUUCCGAUAGACGAAGGCACCAAGGAGUCCCCGCCGCCGCCGCCGCCACUUUAUUCUUCGUCCGAUGAAGAUGGGUCGACGCGGAAGAAGCCUCGCCGGGACGACUCGUCCAAGAAAAAAUAGCACCACUCGUUGCUGUAACACGCUGAGCAAUAUCACAACCACACGCCGCCGCAUACCCGUCGAGCGUCGUUGGUUGGACGACGACGAUCGGUGCACACAACGGACAUCAUCCCACCCAGCAGAGUAAAAAUGGAUGGCCACGACGCGUCGAUUCCAACUCGCGUUGUUAAGGUCGAUGAUGGAAUCGUCUACAAG